AUAUGGAAGGCGAGGUCUGAGACCUUGACCCCUUUCUUCAUGCUGUGUACACAUCUUAUCAAAUACACACUUGCCAGCGGAAUGCUAGGCUUAGAUGUCACCGUCUACGUCAAAUAUCCAGACCACCACUACUCCACAGUGGGCUUGGCUUUGGAUUGCAUUCUGCUUGGCAUAACACUUUUGAUGCUCUUCUACGCUUUCUACACGUAUCGUCGCCUCCUCAAGCUCGAAGCCUAUGAUUUGGCCUACAACAAAUCAGGAGGCUACAGCCACGGCAAUGAGCAGAAUCUAGGCUACACUGUCAACAUAUUUAGCGGAAAGAAGACCAGACAGCCGUCGCCAACACCCGAGGCGUUGAAAUCCCGGAUAGACCAGGCAAUCGGCGCCGAGUUUGGGUGGGGGAGUCGUCCGUCCGGAAGCGUAACGGAGCGCUCCGGCAUAGUUGUUGCGUCCGGAUCGGUUCAAAGCGGCGUGCCCACCAGACCGGCCGAGUUACACAGGGCUCGGAGCUGGGUGACUGAGACUGGCGUGGUUGGCCCAAAUACUUCAGAGACUCACCUUGAUGCGAACGGAAGGAAUACGGAUGAUGAUUACCAUGAUUAUUAUGAACUGGCUCAUGCACGGAGUCUUAGCAUUCCUACAUUGGUAGCAACUCAUCAUGGGGACGACGGCGACAGCGAAGGGUUGUUGACGGGCUCACGGGACAAUAGCAAAGCAAUGAGGGAAGUAGAUAGAUGGCACGGGUACUCGUGACUCGUGUGAUUCGUGUAACUUGGUAUAAAAGGGUGCGGCGUGGCGCUGGGUGUACUUAUACUAACUACUCAUGUUCCAUCGAAAUACUUUUUCGAGAG